CGGACGUCGCUCUUCCAAGAUGGCUGCGCGUCCGUCGCGAGUAGUCGGGCCGUGGGGAAGCCAGCGAAGUCGAGUAAAGCCACCGCCCGGGAAAGGACUGAAAGAGUAUUUGCCGCCGUUGGCGGCGGCUUGGGCAGUUUUCGCUGCUUCUACGGCUGUUGCCAUGCGGCGAGGCUAGGGAGGAGCUUAAUUCCCCGGGAUGUAAUAAUGUUAACAGAGGCCAGCCUUUCCAUAUGGGGAUGGGGAAGCCUUGGCAUUGUCCUUUUCCUAGUAACCUUUGGACCCUUUGUAAUAUUUUAUUUUGCAUUUUAUAUCCUCUGCUUUGUGGGUGGAGGUUUUGUGGUUAUUCUCCUGUUUGGAAAAACAAAUUCAGAGAAAUACCUAGAGCAGUGUGAACAUUCUUUUCUUCCUCCAACAUCAACUGGGGUUCCUAAGUGCUUAGAAGAAAUGAAACGGGAAGCCAGGACUAUUAAGAUCGAUAGAAGAUUGACGGGUGCCAACAUAAUUGAUGAACCUCUCCAGCAAGUUAUCCAGUUUUCCUUGAGAGAUUAUGUCCAGUAUUGGUAUUACACAUUAAGUGAUGAUGAAUCUUUUCUUCUUGAAAUUAGGCAGACUCUUCAAAAUGCACUCAUUCAAUUUGCUACUAGGUCGAAAGAAAUAGACUGGCAACCUUAUUUUACUACGCGCAUUGUAGAUGAUUUUGGCACACAUCUGCGAGUAUUCAGAAAAGCUCAACAGAAAAUAACAGAGAAAGAUGAUCAAGUGAAAGGUACAGCAGAAGAUCUUGUAGAUACCUUCUUUGAAGUUGAAGUUGAAAUGGAGAAGGAAAUUUGCCGUGAUCUAGUCUGUACUUCUCCCAAAGAUGAAGAAGGAUUCCUCAGGGAUUUGUGUGAGGUCUUACUAUAUUUAUUGCUACCUCCUGGAGAUUUCCAGAACAAGAUCAUGCGAUACUUUGUCAGGGAAAUCCUUGCACGAGGAAUUCUUCUUCCAUUAAUAAAUCAACUCAGUGAUCCUGAUUAUAUUAAUCAGUAUGUCAUAUGGAUGAUCCGUGAUAUUAAUUGCAACUAUGAGGCCUUUAUGAACAUUAUUAAAUUGAGUGACAAUAUUGGAGAACUAGAAGCAGUCAGAGAUAAGGCAGCAGAAGAAUUACAGUAUCUUAGAUCUCUAGAUACUGCUGGUGAUGAUAUCAACACUAUCAAAAAUCAAAUAAAUAGCCUAUUAUUUGUAAAGAAAGUAUGUGAUUCAAGAAUACAACGGUUGCAGUCAGGCAAAGAAAUAAAUACUGUGAAACUGGCAGCAAACUUUGGGAAACUUUGCACAGUCCCCUUGGACAGCAUUCUUGUAGACAAUGUUGCACUACAAUUUUUUAUGGAUUACAUGCAGCAAACUGGAGGUCAGGCACAUCUCUUCUUCUGGAUGACAGUGGAAGGAUACCGAGUCACAGCCCAGCAGCAGCUAGAGGUUUUGUUAAGUCGUCAGAAAGAUGGAAAACAUCAAACCAAUCAAACAAAAGGUCUUUUAAGAGCAGCUGCUGUUGGAAUUUAUGAACAGUAUUUGUCAGAAAAGGCAUCUCCAAGGGUUACUGUUGAUGACUAUUUGGUAGCAAAAUUAGCAGAUACUUUGAAUCAUGAAGAUCCAACCCCUGAAAUCUUUGAUGACAUUCAAAGGAAGGUGUAUGAAUUGAUGCUGCGAGAUGAAAGAUUUUACCCUUCCUUCAGGCAGAAUGCACUUUAUGUGCGCAUGCUGGCUGAACUGGAUAUGUUAAAAGAUCCUAGUUUCAGAGGAUCAGAUGAUGGUGAUGGAGAAUCUUUUAAUGGGUCUCCUACAGGAAGCAUAAAUUUGUCUUUAGAUGACCUUUCGAAUGUAUCUUCUGAUGACUCAGUACAACUCCAUGCCUACAUUUCAGACACUGGCGUUUGUAAUGAUCAUGGCAAGACCUAUGCAUUGUACGCCAUCACUGUACACCGGCGCAGUCUAAACAGUGAGGAGAUGUGGAAGACCUAUCGUCGUUACAGUGACUUCCAUGACUUCCACAUGAGAAUCACUGAACAGUUUGAAAAUCUAUCAAGCAUAUUGAAGCUUCCUGGUAAAAAGACAUUUAAUAAUAUGGAUAGAGAUUUUUUAGAAAAGAGAAAAAAAGAUCUAAAUUCAUAUUUGCAGUUAUUAUUAACUCCUGAAAUGAUGAAAGCAUCCCCAGCUUUGGCUCACUGUGUAUAUGAUUUCCUUGAGAACAAAGCCUAUAGUAAAGGGAAAGGCGAUUUUGCUCGCAAGAUGGACACUUUCGUUAAUCCACUUCGCAAUUCUAUGAGGAAUGUUUCAAAUGCAGUUAAAUCCCUUCCUGAUAGCUUGGCAGAAGGAAUGACUAAAAUGUCAGACAACAUGGGCAAAAUGUCAGAGCGAUUAGGUCAAGACAUAAAGCAAUCAUUUUUCAAGGUGCCGCCUCUAAUCCCGAAAACUGAUUCAGAUCCUGAACAUCGUCGAGUCUCAGCUCAACUUGAUGAUAAUGUGGAUGACAAUAUUCCACUUAGGGUAAUGCUGCUUCUUAUGGAUGAAGUAUUCGACUUAAAAGAGAGGAAUCAAUGGUUGCGAAGGAAUAUCAAAAACCUACUUCAGCAGCUUAUUAGAGCCACAUAUGGUGAUACUAUUAACAGAAAAAUAGUUGACUAUGUCGAUUGGAUGACCUCACCAGAGCAAGUAGCUGACUCAGUGAAACGUUUCAGAGAUGCAUUUUGGCCAAAUGGCAUUUUAGCAGAGACUGUUCCAUGCAGAGAUAAAGCUAUUCGAAUGAGAACAAGAAUUGCUGGAAAAACAAAAUUAUUUGCAAUCAUGCCAGAUGAACUGAAGCACAUCAUUGGGGCUGAGACAACACGGAAAGGUAUCCUUCGUGUUUUUGAAAUGUUUCAGCACAACCAGUUAAAUAGGAGAAUGGUUUAUGUCUUCCUGGAAGGGUUUUUGGAAACUUUAUUUCCACAAUAUAAAUUCCGUGAACUUUUCAACAAACUGCACUCACGGUCAAAGCAGAUGCAGAAAUAUAAACAGAAACUUCAAACUACUCAAGCGCCUUCUUUGCAGAAAAGGUGACACUCCAAUCUAUGAAGCUGGUGUUCUUUUUGUCCAAGACUAAUGGUAUGGACAGGUCUUCUGGGGCUUAACUCAUAUACUGUUGUAUCUGCACCAGUCUUUUAGUAUCUCAAAAUAGAUUUAUUAAUACAUCCAUAAGACUGUGGUUCUUCUCAUUCUCAUUUAUAAUCCAGCCACUACCAAGAGAGGUUUCCGUGUCUUAAAUGAUUUGGUGCAUAUUUUUGCAACAUUGAGAGGAUACUGCCCCUGUCUCAAGCAAGAACGAUGUUUGUUUCUUCCGUUUCAAACUAAUCAGCAUUCUUCAGCAAUGACGAAGUGCCAGAGUGUAUAUAUGAGAGCAAAAGAAAGCACAAAACUGUGGAUCACAGAUAAAUUGACUAAUAUGUUUAACAGUGGGAGACUGUGCAAUGUAUGAUUUGGGGGGAUUUGUUUUACCUAAUGAUUUUGUAGGCUUAUGUCAGCAUUUGAUAUAGUAUGGAUUAGCCAGGUGAAUGAUCUUUGUUUGGUACAUCUGUUUCAGGUUUGAGAAGUGACAGAAUGCCCUUCUGAAUUACAGUUUUGUGACAUAAAACCACAUAUAAAAUAAAACCAAUCAAAAUCAGAAUUUGAUUGGAUUUUUUAAUUCAAUAGUAUAAAACAAAUUUUAAUUGAUUCUUAUGUGCUUUAAGGGCUCUAUUUUGCUCUUACGGUACUCAGUCAUAAAUUUUCUUUUGGUAUUCUAUGUCCAAAAAGAAGCAUGUGGUGGCUUUAUUUUAGUUCCAAAAUUAUUGCAGUUUUAUCUUUAAUAGAUUACUGAUUAUUCAGGAAAGGAUAUAAUUCGUUGGAAGAACUGCCAUAUAAAUUCUAUCCUCAAAAUACAGAAAUUAUGAAAACAGUACUCUAUUGAAGUUAUAAUAUGCUAAUUUUAAAUUGUGUGAUCUAGACAAUACCUUAGGUAAUUGAAAAAAUAGCAGAUCAAAGGAUUAAGUGAACUUAGUCGUAUGAAAAUACACAAAUUCCUAAUUUUAUCACAUUGUACAUAUAUGAAAAUAA